AUGAUAUACAUAAAAUUGACUUUUUGGAUUGUUUUGGCAUUUUCAAUUAUUGGAAUACUACUUUCAUUGUUUUAUAUAUACAUUUUCAUAAAGAUACGCAAAUUACAUAAGAGUCCAGGUGAUAUCUAUUUUGGAAUGUGUUUAGGAGAGUUAAUUAUGAUGUUACAUUAGUAAAAAACAAGUAUUAUACUAGUCUAAUAGAAUCUAUUGUAUUAUUAAUGGAUGAUUAUUAUAAUUACUAAAAAAAGCCAUUAUGUAUAAUAAAUCUUGUAGGCUUCACUUUUUCAGUUGUGUUAAUAUAUGCAUAUACGAUUCAAUUGUAUAUGCAUAUGGUUGUAAGGCUUAUGUUUACACUACAAGCAAAAAAGAUUAAUAAAUGGUAAGGCCAUGUUGCAACUUUUCUGAUAUCAAUGCUUUAUGCCACAAUAUCCCUUAUAUCAUUUUAAGAAAGUCAUUGUGGCGUCUCUCUUUCUGCAAAUGCACCAUUUACCUUUAUUAUCUUAUUAUUGAGUUUCUUUACCGUAGCAAUAACUGUCAGACAAUAUAUCAAAAGAGAAUUUGCUUAAAAUUCAAAUGUAUCUAGUUAGAAUUAUUUCUUAGAACAAACUGAAAAAGUAGGGUUCAGAUUUUAUCUAUUACAUCACUAAACUAUUUAUUGCUUAAUCUAUAUUAAUGACUAGUUUCAUUACAUUUGCCAUGGCUGCUUAUAUCUUGAAAUUAAUUGACAGAAAGUUUAAUGAGUGUCCUACAAUCAGUAAUGACAGUUCAAUUGGAAUACUUCGAUUAUUUGCAUAAAUUUCAGCUAUUUUAUAUCCAAUUGUUAUACCUUUAAUAAGGUUAACAGAUCCAUUUGUAUUUAAGCACAUAAGGAAACAUUUUUUUGGCACUCGAUAACCCUAAUUUGAAGGAAGUUACAUAUCUCUAAUGGAAAAUCCCUUUCAGGAAUCUAGCAUGUAUUUAUUAUUUAUUCUAUUAUUUACAUAAGACCGUAAAAGAAAAUUAGUCUUGAUGGACUAAGUCAAUCCUUAAUUGAACAAAACUCCUUUUAAAUCUCAUAUGAUGAACCUAUAUUAAAAAAAUUGAGUUCACAAUCUGAAUUUUAAAGGUCUAAAACUUCUAAUUCGAAUGAGAAAUUCAAAUAAAUUACUUAAUAAAAUAAAUAAGAGGAUCCUUUUAUUCAUUAAUUCACAAAUGAAUUGAAAAGAGAUAUUAUCAAAAGAAUUCUUGCCUUAAUUUUAAUUUAAGAAAAAGAUAAAAUUACAGAAAUUAAUUAAUAAUAAUAUUUUAAAAAGAUUAUAAGACAUCAAGUUAAACAAGAAUAUUAUGAAUAAGUUGUUUUUAAUGUUCAUUAAUUAUUUUUGAAAGAAAUAUUUGAGGAAUAAUUUGAAAAUUAGAAUAAAAAAUUUACAAUGAUUUCAUAUGCUCCUGUUAUAUUUGACAUUCUUAUGUAUUUAUAAUUUUGAUACACAUUAGAAAAGAAGAUUAAGACAAACUAGACAUCUCAAAUUGUUUAGAUCUUGAAGCAAACCAAGAACAUAUCAGAGAAUGUGCUUAAACUACAGGUGGAAAGUCAGGAGAAUUCUUCUUUUUUAAUCAUAACAAUAAGCUUCUCUUGAAAACAAUAACCAUGACAGAACUAAAUAAUUUAACAGAAAUUCUUGAAUAGUAUUUUUGGCAUUGUACUCAAAAUCCUAAUACAUUAAUUGCAAAGAUUUUAGGUAUUUAUACGUUUGAAGGAUUUGAAAUUGGUAGAAUUUCUAUGAUAUUAAUGAAAAAUAUCGGUAAAAUCAAUUUAUCAGCUAUCACUCGUAUUUUCGAUUUAAAAGGUAGCAGUUACAAAAGGGAAGUACAUAAACCAACUAAAUAAUCAGGUGGAUUAAACAAUUAAAUAAUUACAAUUCCAAAAUAAUUAAAAGAUAUAGACUUUAUAAAAUUAGAAAAAUAAAUCAAUAUCAGUCCUUAAUGUUGUACCACAAUUUAUGAACAAUUAGAAAUUGACACUUUAUUUUUAUAGUCUCUUGGUUUUAUGGAUUAUUCUUUCUGUCUUAUGCUUGUUGAUUGGUUAAAUUAUUAUACAUCUUAACUUUAAGAUGAAAUAUAAGAUUAGGUACUUAUUGAUAAGAUUAUCAAUUAAAAAAUAGCAAGAUUAUAACAUUGUUAUCCAAGUACAAUUCAAAAAGGAAUAUAUUAUCACAUGGGUAUUAUUGAUUAUCUUCAAAAAUAUAAUUUAAAAAAAAUUACUGAAAAAUACAGCAAAAGAUUUAUGAAAUUAGAUUCAAAUCUUGAUACAUCUUCUUAAAACCCUUAAGAAUAUAGGAAGAGAUUCUUAUUGUUUAUGAAGAAAAUUUUAUGA